AUGGCGAAUCGUGGCCUUACACUCGAUCCUCAUGUCUUCACUAUUAGUGACCUCAAGGAGAUUGGCAGCAGUAAGCUGCCAAAGAUGUACAGAGAUUACUACAAUGAAGGUGCAAUGGACAUGAUAAGCCUGCGCGAGAACGAAGAAGCCUACAACCGCUACAAGAUCCGGCCACGCAUCCUCGUAAACGUUGACACAGUCGACAUUUCAACACACAUAUUUGGGACGAAAGUUUCAUUUCCGCUCGGCCUCAGUCCGACGGCCAUGCACCGGCUGGCACACCCGGACGGUGAGCUCGCAACGUCUCGUGCCGCCGCAAAAAACGGCAUCUGCAUGGGCCUGUCAUCGUACGCGACUGAGAGCCUCGAAAAUGUCGCCGCGCAAGGCACGGGUAACCCGUACGUCAUGCAGAUGUGCGUUCUGAAGGACAGGGAGAUCACGUUGCAGCUCCUCAGGCGGGCAGAAGCUGCGGGUUACAAGGCGCUAUUCCUCUCCGUAGAUGUCCCCGUGCUCGGUCUACGCCUCAACGAGUUCAGGAACAAGUUCGUGCUUCCGGAGGACAUGGCAUACCCAAAUAUUCUAUCCAAAGGCAAUGAUGAUCUUGGUGGAAGACAUGACUAUGAUGCAACCUUGGAGUGGGAGACAGCAAUCCCGUGGCUGAGAAAACACACAAAGAUGCAAAUUUGGCUGAAGGGGGUGAACACGGCCGAUGAUGUCGUACUCGCUAUCCGCCAUGGCGUCGACGGUGUUGUUGUGUCCAACCAUGGCGGACGCCAACUCGACGGCGUGCCUGCUACGCUCGAUGCACUACGGGAGUGUGCCCCCGCAGCGAAGGGCAAAAUACCGAUCGCAGUGGAUGGUGGCAUCCGCAGGGGUUCGGACAUCUUCAAGGCGCUGGCGCUCGGUGCGGACUACUGCUUCGUAGGAAGAAUGGCAUUGUGGGGCCUAGCGUACAAGGGCCAAGAAGGCGUGGAGCUGGGCAUCAAAAUCUUGAUGAAUGAAUUCAAGAUUACGAUGGCGCUUGCAGGAUGUCGGUCUGUCAAUGAAAUCAACAAAUCGCACCUUUCAGUUCUUACUUCGAGUGGGAUUCUGUGCAAGCUGUAA